AUGGGUGGAGGCGGAAAGAUCCCGUAUCCCAAGGAAGUCUGGUCUCCCGCCGGAGGCUGGUAUGCUCAACCCGCGAACUGGAAGCUCAACACUGCCAUCAUGGGUGCCACAGUGAUUGGCAUUGCUGCUACUGUCUGGAGCAUCAGCGCCGACCGUGAGCACCGCGACAAGAUGCCCGAGCCUGGCAGAUUCUUCCCUAGUCGCUACUGGAGCAGGGAAAUCAUCGAACACGAGAGAAAACAACAAGCCUCGAAGCAGGACUCAUAA